ACGUGCAACAAGGACUACAAGUACCAAUAGAUACCCUUACGGAACAUUUUCAAGCCAUUUAAAUUUACGUGCAAAAUGGCCACGCAGGUAGACUUGGUACGCGUGAAAGUAGAAAAUAAGAUAAAGGAGAGCUUGGAAAGGCAGAGCAAAGAAAAGAAAAAGAAGAAGAAAAAAAGAGAAUAUUCUCCGUCUGAUGACAAACACCAGAGAUCCGAAAAGGAGGUAAAGAAGGCGAAGCUCCAUCACCAUAAUCAUCAGCAGCAUGGAUUGUCACGGCUACAACACCCGGAUACACAACCACAGCUGCAACGGCAGACCCACACUCAACCGCGCACCUUCACCAAGGAACAAGUGCCCGUACAGCACCGAAAGCACCACCACAACAACGACAAUCACCAUCAUCACCACCAUCACCACGGAAUACAGAGAGACGGAGCGAUAGUUUGGCCGAAGAUGACGCCGACCAAACUCCAGAAGCCGCCCGCGCCCGCGGUGUUGCCUCCCCAGCCGCUCUUCACUUUCACGCCCCUGAAAGUAGCCAAGGCCAAGAGUCUCACCAGCAACAAGGAAAGGCAAAGCGAAAGCCAAAUCAAACUCAAACCUAAGAACGAAAAUACUGAUGCGAACAGGAAGAUUGAAAUGUGCAAAAAGAAAAAGAAAGAAGCCCGUGAUGAGAAUGGCAAGGUGCGCCUGAAGGAGGAAGAGGAGUACCUGCUCAAGCGCAAGAGGAGGAGGAAGAAGCACCGUGAGGAGGAGCGCAGCGGCAGCAGUGGCACGGGCAGCGGGAGUGGCAGCGGUGGCAGCGGUGGCAGCGGCGCCAAGCGCGUCCGCACGCAUGACAAGGAGGUGCAGACGGACCUGGACACGGGCGUGUGGACGCACAUUGACCCCCAGGUCCAGCCCAAGCCCGACCCCGACCCCGAGCGCGCGCCCGGUGCCCCCCCCUUCCUGUCCCACCAGGAGCACUCCAUCCGGCGCAUGGCGCUGCCCACUGCCCGCUUCGCCGGCCUCGUGCACGAGGAGCUUCAGCCCAACGGAGGCGGGCGCAUCCUGCACGCCUACGCGGACGAGCUGGAGCGGCUGAGGCCCGAGGAGCUGGAGGCCUUCGCCCAGGACUUCCUGGAGCGCGCCUUCUCGGAGCGCAGCGGCGCGGCCCGCUACGCCCUGGCCGUGGUGCACGGGGCGGCCGCCUACAUGCCCGACUUCCUGGACUACUUUGCCUUCAAGUUCCCCAAUACGCCCGUCAAGAUGGAGAUCAUGGGCAAGAAGGACAUAGAGACCAUCACCAUCGCUCACUUCCACUCACAGGUGAACAGGACGUACUGCUCAGGUACCUACCGCUCGGGGGCCAUGCGUCAGAUCAGCCUGGUGGGGGCUGUGGACGAGGAAGUGGGCGACUAUUUCCCAGAGUUCCUGGACAUGCUGGAGGAGUCGCCCUUCCUAAAGAUGACUCUGCCCUGGGGUAGCCUGUCCAGUCUGAAGCUGGACUGCAGGUCUCAGAGCGAUGACGGCCCCAUCAUGUGGGUGCGGCCCGGGGAGCAAAUGGUGCCCACAGCAGACGUGCCCAAGUCCCCCUUCAAGCAACGCAGGUCGGUGGGCGAGCUGCGGGCGCUGCAGUACGUGCGGCGGGCGUGUGAGCGGCGGGAGGUGUUGUUUGAGGACCGCACGCGAGCGCACGCUGACCACGUCGGCCAGAGCUUCGACUGGAGGAGCACGGCAGCCGUCGGAGUUCUCAAGGCUGUGCAGUUUGGAGAGUGGAGCGAACAGCCUCGGGUCACCAAAGACGUGGUGUGCUUCCAGGCGGAGGACUUCAACGAGGUGGUGCAGAGGCUGCAGCUUGACCUCUACGAGCCGCCCGUCUCUCAGUGUGUGCAGUGGGUGGACGAUGCCAAGCUGAACCAGCUGCGGCGCGAGGGGGUCCGCUACGUGCGCGCCCAGCUGUGCCACCAGGACAUCUACUUCAUCCCGCGCAACGUGGUCCACCAGUUCAAGACCGUCUCGGCCGUCUGUAGCCUGGCGUGGCACAUCCGCCUCAAGCAGUACCACCACCCCGAGCAGCCGCCCGUCGCCGCCGGCAACGGCACCGGCCAGACCGGGCACUCGGAGGACGACAACCGCACGAGGCAGCCGACGGCCAAUCAGGACACGCCGUCGAAGGCCUCGGCCGAGGAGAACUCGGAUCCAGCGCCGAAAGACUCGCUCUCGCCCUCGGAAUGAUCCCCCCCUCCCCCUCCCCCCGUAUCCCAAAACAUCUCUACGCACUAUUUGGAGUCCUCGUUAAAAAGAAAACUGGGGGUGCGAGGGGGAAAAACUCUUCAGAGACGAAACUCUUGGAUGUAUAAUACUUCUCAAGUAUGGUGAUAUUUUUUAGUUUUUAUUUAUUUAUUAUGCAUUGCAUUGAAGAAGCACUGUCUCGCUUGAUUUUUCUCUCAAGCCAAAGUGUGUCGCUUUAGCAGCUUGUGUCGGUAAGGUGAGGUGAGGUGAGGUGAGAUGUGUGACGUUGACAUGGCAUCUGAGGAACGCAAUGCAUCAUGGGACUCAGAGAAGUGCCUAUCCCUUCACUGACCGCACCAUUCAUAGAUCAUGUCCUGACUGCCUGAUGCGAGAUAGAGAGAGAGAGAGAGAGAGAGAGAGAGAGAGGAGAUGGCUUGUCUGACCAAUAGAAUUCAGUUUUGACCUGAGCUGACCCCCAUAAUGGCCUUCUGAGCUGUAGUAGGCGAAGGAACAUUGCUACUUCUCUUCCACUGGAAAAGACCAAUAAAAACAACAGCUGCCCUGGCAGAGCGAUUCCUCUCUGAGCUAGCGGAGGCCAAGUGCACAGUAAUGUACUGUAGGAGUCCUCCACACCCAGAUUUGCUGCCAUUGCACAGUUGUGGCCUGGGGUGAUGGCUGUUGUGUUGCUGGUGUUGUUUCUGUACUUGGCAGGGUCCUGUGGGUCUUUGAGGAAUAUAGUGGCUGAAUUGUGUGUGUGUGUGUGUGUCG